GUCUCUGUUCAACCAUAGACUAAAACAUUUGAUUCUUUGAAGAGACCUAAAGCAUGGCUUACGCUUAUCCGUCAGUCGAUCCUCUGCCGGAAGCGUCAUCUGCCUCGCUGGAAAUCAGACCGUCCAAAGACCCCUCUCGAAAGAACUCGGAUACUCUCACAGAUGUUUUUAGCGAGUUCAAGCGCAAGAUUUCUGAGGAUGAGAUUUACAUAAAUUUCUUGCAGGAACGUGUACGCCUUGAGAAUGACUACAUUGAAGGCCUUCAAAGGUUAUACGAUCGAACAGUGGCUAUCGACUCAUUACACGACGAAGACCCACCGCCUAAGAGAUCAGAAAAGCCUACAUCACGAAAAGCUUGGAGUGAAGUUCGAGAUUAUACAUUGCGCGAAAUUCAGGCGCGGGAAGCCAUGAAAGGAGCUCUGGAAGAAGAUGUUAUCAAGGAAUUAACCAAGCUCAAAGAUCUGCAACUAAAAAUAAGAAAUUAUCUGAAACAGAACAUCAAGCUUGCUGAGCAUAUGUAUGAAGAUCAUGCGAAGCAUCAGCUCCCAAAGCUAAAAAAGGCUUAUUUUCAAAAAUCUCAAGUCUUGGAAGACCACAGGCGGCAAGAGAAUGCCAUAGCCACGCAGGCACGUCUGUUAUCUAGCGCCCCUCCACCUUCGCCUACUUCUACACCCCUGCAGGAGCACCCUUUCUCUGUCGGCACAGGCGCCUCAUAUGCCUUGCCAUCUACAAUCAUUUCACCCCUUCCCCCUGUGAACAACCCAGCCGCUUCAUCAGUUUCGAAAGUAUCGUCACAGGAAACCACUUCUGGUAUGUUCGUGCCAUCACCAAACAAAGACCGUGAGAAGGAAAUGAAAUUCGGCAACAGACUCCGAGCUGAGUCAGGUUCAGGGCUGGAGAACAAGUCACGAGAUGUGCUGAAUGAUAUUGCAACACAUGGGAAAAAGGGCUUCUCUGCUUUUAUGCAAAGGCUCGGGGGUGACAAAGAUAGGGAACGGGAGAAAGAUGAUGUACAAAUAACUUCUCAUGGAGUGGAAGGCGAAGGACUUCAAAGGAGAGGCACCACAGGAAGUGCUAACAUCAAAGCCCAAAUGGCAGUUCGGGGCGCGAAGGCAAAGCGAGAGGCCGAUGAGGCUGACAGAGCAUACCGCAUGGGCAUCUUUCACCUUGAGUCACUCCGACUCAGAACAGAGAAACUUCAUAGCUCCGCAAUAACUCAUCUUGAGGAGUUCAAUGAUGAACUGAGCAAUAAACUUCGCCGGGCCAUGGUGGCGUAUGUGGACAUUAUGCACAGUACUGCAAUGACUAGCGCGCAGGCUACUGAAGUAGCUCGAAUAGCUAUUGAUACUAUUGAUGCCGAUCACGAUAUGAUGCUUUUCCGUAAAAGGUUACUUGUGGCAACCAGCAAUACCACUAAAGCCCCGGUACCGUACGAGAACUUCUAUGUUGGACCUUGCAGAUCUCUUAUCUUUGGAGUCAGUCUUACCGAUUACGAUUUUGCUCGAGGUGAUGGGAACGACCAUGGAUCGCCGCCAAUGAUUGUUGAAAAGUGUAUCGCGGCAAUCGAUGCGCGUGGUUUGGAAGCAGAAGGUAUUUACCGAGUCAAUGGCAGGCACACAGGAGUUCAAAAAAUGGUCCAAGACAUAGAGAAGGACGAGACACAAUUUGAGUUCGGGGAAAAGGACGACGUUUUUAGCAUCGCGAGCGUCUUGAAGCAAUACCUCAGGGAGUUGCCUGAACCAGUUUUCAAUUUGCCACACGCCGAGAGGGUGAAGUAUAGCAAGCAUCGAGAGUUGCAUAUCAGUAAUAACUUCAGUGCCAUUAGAGGCCGCCUCCGACGACUCCCUCCUAUUCAUCAGACAACGUUCCAAUCCAUUAUCGAACACUUAGGAAGAGUCCAUGAAAAGCGUGGAAUGAAUAAAAUGGGCGCAAAAAAUCUUGCGGUGCUUUUUAGUUCCGUCCUUUUUGGGCAGGAGCAGGCUCCAAGUGAUGGUAAUGUUCUGAUGAUGAAUCAAGAAGCAGAUACCGUAUUAGAGGAUUUGAUUACGUUUUCGAAUCUGCUCUUCGGUGGAAUUGGGUCUCCGAAAACCUCACAUAUAUUGCCUUCUAGCUUGGCAUUCUCUAGUGGCGUCAACGCCGAGGUUUCUGUCAUUGAUGACCCUCAGCCUGGUAGUUCUCAUACCAAGAUCAAAAUUUUGCAACAGGAGACAACACCGCAAAGGCUCGUUGAUCAUUCCGCCCAGAUCAGUGACAAAGAUCAGCGGGCUACUGAUGAGACUGAUGAUUAUCGACCGAAUACGCUACAGGAUACAGAAACUGUCCAGACUUUGCUGGAGGAUUUCCCAUCGAACAAAGACCUGGACCUGCUAUUCGAUGCAAAAUUAUUGCCCUCAAGUAUGAGAGAAAACCUCCCCAAAGAUAUCGAGGUCCGCCCUCUUGCGUCUACUGAUCUCUUGCGGCAGCAUUUCGAGCUUCUUUCCAAUCUUCGCCCGUCGCCUGCUCUAGCCCCUUCGCUCUACCAGGCGAUUUUUACACAUUUCAAAUCUUGUCCCCUAACGUACUACACAGUUGUCAUGGUAGACACCAAAAUUGACCGCCUAGUUGCUUCCGGUACGCUCCUUGUUGAACGGAAGCAUAUCAAUGGUGGAAGCGCUGCAGGACAUCUGGAGGACAUCGUCGUGGCUGAAGAAAUGCGCGGGAAGAAACUGGGGGUGAAAUUGGUGACUGGAUUAAGGGACUUGGCUGUCUCCCUUGGAUGUUACAAGGUCGUUCUGGACUGCAAAGAAGCUAAAAUUCCGUUUUAUGAAAAUUGUGGUUUUCAUAAACGGAGUGCAGGGAUGGCGUAUUAUACUCCGAGCGAUCAAGGGACAGCCCAUGUCUCCUUCUCUACGCAGUCGAACCAGCAGUCUUUGUUGCCGUAUGCGCCCAAUGACUCUCUUGCACCUCCCGUCUCAACUAUGGGAACUCUGACUCCAGGAACUGAAUUGAACAUUACCCCUCAAAUGAACCAGAGCCUUCAUGACCCUUUAUCCCAGUCAGACGUUACUUCAGAUGACCAGAAAGGAAUCCUGCUCACCAUCCCAGAUGGCACCGCUGCUUCGGAUGGGGAAUCACCAGGGUCUCCGCGAACGUUCACAAGUGCGUCAUCGGAAGCGGGUAUGGGCGUAACGUAUGACUUUCCGACAGCUGUCGACGAGAGUGUCUUACCUGCUUGGGCGGCGGAGGGUUUGGGUGGCAACACCUCACAUGUCAGCGACCGGCGCGCUUCAGACAAGACGGAAAGUACCUUACCGGCAUUUUCAAUCUUAGAAGGAGUGGGAGUUGCGAAAAGUAAAGACAGCGAAGCAGCAGAUGACUCGAAGGAAGGUCGCUCUAGAACCCCAUUUCCUUCACGUGUUGCCUCAUCAGAUUCGACUACUGAAACAUCAAGUAAAUAGAAUGAUCGUGGUUCAGUUUAGGAAGACUUAUCUGCAACGCAGCACAAAUAUAUGCAAACUUUAUGCAUCUC